UAUUCACAGCAACGAGAAUGUUUAAAAGAUGGCGGCCUAGUUUGCAGACAACUCUAGACUUGAACAUUAUCUCCAUUCCAUCAAAUAUGAAACUACUUUAUUUUCUUUAAAUAAACUAGAGCAUAUACCCAGUCAUCGUAACAAGAGAUGGGAACAAGAAAGAAAAUGUCUAAAAAUGACAUAUUGGAUGAUCUUCUUGAUAACAGCCUGCUGUCUGAUGAUUCUCCUCGGCGUCCUAAACCUGGAUUAACAGGCAAGCCACAGGCGGUAAAACCAACUAAACCUGGUGAGAAAGAUGACUUUUACAGUUCACUGGCAGCCAUGGCAACUAGUGAUGCAGAGUCGGAUAAAUCUGAAGUGGAUAUGGAUAAGCUGGUGCAUUCUCUUGGGGGUCUAGACGACAUGGAUGCCGAUCUGUUUGGAGACAAACUAAACAAGAAAAGCAAUGCAAACAAAACACCAGGCAAGCCGACCACACCUCGACGUGUUGGCCCUAAAGCUGUAGGGAACAAAUCUCCCACUCGGGUUCAGUCCCCCACCAGAAGUGACCCCUACACCAGCCCACCUGAAAGUGCCAGAAGCCUUAAAAGAAAACCAGUGAAGCCGCCCCCAUCUUCAGCCACACAGCAGCCCAGCAACACCUCCCUCCCCCAGACACAGGUAGAGCACAAACCUGGGACAGCUCCAGGAAAAAUGACGGAUCUGAGUGCUGCCAGUGAAAGUCUAAAGCCUGGACAAAAAACUGUGCAAAGGCCAGAAACUGCCCCAAAGCUAAAAAAUAAAUUUGAUUUAGACUUUGACCCAGAUGACCCACUAGCAGGAAUAUUGUCAGAUGAGACUGAUGACAUAUCUGAGAGUGACAGGCCCAGGUCAGCCACCAAGAAACCUGCCGCAGUAACCAACCCACCUCCUGCAGUGGUAAAACCACAAGAAAACACUACAAAAGUUACAGAGUCUCCCAGAAGACGUAACCUGAUGGACAGACCUCCAACAAGAAGUGGGGGCAGUGACAAUACUGAUUCUGCCAGCCCUGGCAUUGCCAAGUCAGCUAAUUUAGAGGCUACUAAACCAGGUGCUAAGACUGCAGGUGGUAUCUUCAGUGACUCAGACAAUGACCUGCUAGAGUUAGAGGGUAGAACAUCAACUCCUGCUCAGAAACCUAAAUCAGCUGACAGUGAAGACCAGCGUCCAGCUAGGUCAGUACUAGACAGUUUACUGGGCAAGACUUCUGGAGCUUCAGCUUUACUGGAGCCUAAAGAGAAGAAGCCUUUUGUGUUGGAUAAUAAAUACAGCAGUUCAGUACAAGGGGAGACUGCUGGCGGGAAAGAAGAUGAUGAUGGGUUUUCUUUUGGCAAUUAUCAGCCUUCUGCUGCAUCUGGGUCAAGGCCAAACUCAAGGAGAUCUGUCAGAUUUCAAGAUGAUGAUGAUAUAUUUGGGCUUGAUAGCCGACCAUCUCCCAGAACUAAAUCUCCUGGUUCCAGAAACAAGGCUUCACUUGAUAUGGACUGGCUUGAGCUAGCUUCUUCUAACCCUGCCACAGCUACCAGCGCAUCCUCGACCCCUGGAACAGCAGCGGGUGUGAGCACGACGGUAGCAUCAUCCACUAAGCCUCCAGUACCCACAUCAGCAGUCACGACCAAGCCGCCAGACAGCCCUAAGAAAUCUCCAGUCGCAACCAGUCAACAGGCGUCAGCAGCCAAGCUCCCUCCAACUAACACUGGCCAGAGUCCUAAAGCUUGGCUUGGGCUAGCAGACUCCGAGUCAGACGAUGAGCUUUUCAAACCAAAGAAAUCGUCAGUCAGGAGCGCAUCUCUCCCACAGAGCCCAAUCGUGUCUGCCACUGCUUCACCCCGGGUAGUUCACAAAAAACCCACCAAGAAAGACACAUCACCCAAGCCGGGUAGCAGCGUCUCAGAAAACAAAGAAGAGGAAGAUGACUGGCUGGCCAAAGUGAAGAGUCAGAGGCAGCAGGUACUGGCCAAGGAGAAAUCUGAAGAGACGGGUAGGAGCUCUGACCAAGUGGACGGAGAUGUACACAAGUCUACUUUUAACAAAGUCAAUGUUGAUGUCUCCCAGAUGUUUAUCAACACACAAGCUAACGUACUGAAUGACUUAUUAUCUCCCCCUGCUGAACCAAAGUCUGCUGGUGGGCCAAGCUGGGGGUCACCAAGAACACAACUUAGUUACACCGUCAGAGGUGGACAAACUUCAGGUUCAAAUGUUGGUGCUGUUACUAACCAAAGCUCUACGAUAGACCCAAGGCUAAAAUUUUCUGCUUCGCUUCUCAAUCAAGAUCAGGCUCAAAGCAACUCUGCAGCGUUGUCCCCUUCUCUCCCGCAAACAGUUGUCCAGCAGGCAGUGAGUCAAGCUCCCCUGCGGCUGGACCAGCCCAGCCAUCCCUCUUACCCACCCCAAUACCAGCAGUCCCAGCAACCAACACCCUUGCAGCCACAGCUACAGCAGCAGCUGGAGCAGUUGCAGUUGAUGCAGCAGCAAGAGAUGCACAAGUCAGAGCUGCUGAAGAAACAGCAGGAGCUGCAGAAGAUGAUGCAGGAUGUUCAGAAGCAGUAUGACUCUAUCUCUAGGACAAAGCCGUUGGUCCAGUCCAGUCAGUGGAUACCUUCGUUCACACAGAUCACUUCAUCAAUAGAACUACCAGACUCUUUACCUGAGGCCCAUGCCAAGAUCAGAAAGUUGGAGCUAGAGAGAACGUACACAGAGUCUCUGCUGGACAGUCUAAAGAGGAGAUAUGAAGAGGAAAUUUUUGCAGUAGAGAGCUCAUACAAAAACAGACUUCAGAUCCUGGAAGAGUCCAACAGAAAGAAAGAAAUCAGGCUGAGAGAGGAGAAUGAAGAGCUGAUGCAGCAACACCUGAACAAGGUCAGACAACUGGAGCAGGAGAAAAGUGACCAGAGCACUGCCCACUACCGUAAGUUGGAGGACAUGGAAAGAGAAAAGGCUCAAGAGUUGGAGAAACUGAAAGAACAAAACAGGUUGACUCUUGCAGCUCUGAAGAGAGAUCACGAAGAAGCUUUGGACAGACUGGUCAGUGCCAAGAACCAGGAGAUUAACAAGAUAGCUAAUGCCAAUGACACAUCCAGAAGCCUGACAGUUGUAGUGGAACAGAUUUCCAACAAUGCCAAAGACUUGAAUGAUCUCCAGAGAAAAGUGGAGGCCUGGAACAAACAAGGGCUAGAUGAAAGGGAGAUAACACUUAGGUCAAAAGAUGAGCAGCUCCAAAUGCUUCAGGAGAGACUGAAGAGACAAGAAGAAGACAAUGAGAGAGAAAGAAAGAGACUAGAAGAAUUGAUUGUUCGUAUGGAGUCCCAGCUAAGGGAGCAAACCAGGCUUAUGGAAGAGGAGAGAUGGAAGCUGAAGCAAGACCAGAGUCGUGCUGAAGCUGUGCAGAGAUCUUUAGAUGAGGAGCGACGUUUGUGGUUGGAGCAGCAGACUAGGGAAAGAAUGUCUCUAGAGAGAGCUAGGGACAAUUUGUUGGAAGAACAACAUAGUUGUACAUCGCAGAUCACAGACGAGAGGAGACUUUUAGCCGAGGAGAGGGCCAAGUUCCAGAUAGAACAGAAAACAGUUCGUGAGAAACUUCAUCAGGACACCAUAAAGAGAACUCAGGCUGAAGCUGAAUAUGAAGUUCUGAUGAAGGCCAUUGCAGAAGAGAAAGUCCAGCAGGCCAGCAGGCUGAAAGAACUGCAGAGGGAGGAAGAGAGGAUCAACUCUGAGAGAAACAAGCUAGAGAGGGAGAGGGCUCAGAUAGAUCAGGAGAGAGAGAUGCUGGCCAAACAGGCAAGACAGAUACGGGAACAGUCUGAGGAGAUUGACCGUGUCACAGAGGCUGCUCGCAGGGCACAGAAUGAAGGGGAGCAAGCCAUGGAGGAAGCCUUCCACGUCAGCUCCCAGAUAGAGAGAAGAGAGACAGACAUUGAAAAGAAACUGAGUGCCAUCAAGUUAAUGGAGGAACACAUCACUGAGGAAAAACUUCGCUUGGCCAGGGAGAAGAAAGAAAUGGACAACUUAAGAAAGUCUCAUCUGUGUGUGAAUUGUCGAUCUCCACAAAAUGGUCUGGCCGCUCUACCACUGAUACCACAAAAUGGUUAUCACACUCCGCUGGCGGUCACAGCACCACAGUUCAUGAUCCCAUCACCUGGUCAUCAGAUGGUCACUAACCCACUGGAACAGAUAGCAGCCUCUAUAGCCAGUGACAGGGCUGUACGCAUGCUCAAGAUACAAGCCAUCAAGGACAAAGAAUUUUUGGAAGAGGAAAAUUUUUACCUGGAGACCCUCCGCCACACUCCCUAUCACAGUACAGCAUCCAAAUCUUGAGAUCCACUGUACCAAAGUUUAUCACUGACUCAGGUUUAACAUCAUUUACUGUUUGAGAGUCUACAUGCUGUAAUGUGAGACAGUAGUAGGUUAUAAUGUAUGACACUAGAGCACUAAGGAUUUAUUUCUAAUGGUGAACUGGAAUAAAAGCUACUAGUUUGUUGGCAAGUCAUCAAGUCAUUUGACUUAGAGUCUUAUUUGUUACAGCUGUAUUGUGUAGGUCUUCUGUGUCUAGGUCUUAUCUUCUUCUUAUAUAAUACAGAUGUUACUUCAAAAUAGAUGAUUACUUCCUAUGGGUCAUGAAUGUUUACCAAUGACUUAAAUUCUGCCAAGUCACUGGUUUUCCUGGCUGGCUCAGGCAACCCAUUCCAUGCUGUAAUAGCACUAGGGAAGAAGGAGAAUAUGUACAAAUUUGUCCUAGGUCAUCUGUUAUUUCUUUCUGAUGUUACUGUAAGUAUAAGGUUGUUUAGUUAAUUUGGUAUCUCUUUUUUUAAAUGAUUUGUCAAUGACUCUUUUAAGAUUCUAAAUACAUUUUGGGGACAAAGAUUUCAUUGUGCUGACCACACCAUACCCUUAUAAUAUUAUUAAUCCCCUGAUGCAGAAAAAUACUUAAAGUGAAGGUUAUGGAACUGAUCAACAUUGAGUGGCUGCUUGUAUAGUGUCUGCAAACAAUGUAGGCUAAUGGUAUCAAUUGAGUUGGUCUCAGUAUACACCCAACACGAUUGAUUGACAGAACUCUGGACUGGUUUAUGAUCUUUUCAUAGUUUGAAUAUUUCUAAGAAAUGACCAAGAUAUGGAGUUUAUUUGCUUCCUUUGCUUUUGUUAUUGCCAUGGUGGUCAAGCAAUAAUGUGCUGGGCUGUCAAACCAAAGCGUUAAAGUUCAGAUCCAGUUAAUGCCAGGAGAUAUCCAAAUGAACACCCGGCUCAAGUCUUGGGUAAAAGUAAAAGCUGACACCCUCAUUACCUUAUAGGUGAACUUUACAUCACCUGUCCACUUUGACCCUUGAACUCUUUGUCUGACAGUGAUCUCAGUCAAUGUUUGCCCCUCACCAAGCCACUUAGUAAAGGCUUUUUUGUUUGGUACCUCCCCCUUACUCUGUUGGUCCGUUGGGGCACCACACAAGAUCUGUCAAACGUCUUUCUCCAUUCCCCUCUGUCUUUUGCCUUGGACAGAACCUCAUUCAACGACAGGCCUUUCCAUUCUUUUAUUAAUGUCUUCCCAUCGCUUUCUCUGUCUGCCUCUUCUUCUUUUUCCUGGUACUGUUCCCUGAAGGAAGGUCUGUGCAAGUUAUGAAGACCUUAUAAUAUGGCCAUAGAGUUUUAGUCCAAUUUCUGUAGUAACCCUAUCUCUUUGUUUGUGGUGCGAUCUUUAAUUGUUUCGUCGCUCAACUAUUUUAUUGUACAUCUCACUCUAUACAUUUAUACACUCCACAUUUUUAGAGCUUUAAACUAGGAUGUACCUCUCCUGCCAAGGGGGACAUUUUAAAUAGCAAUACGUUGACUUUAUAUGUAUUUACAGUAAAAGUUUUUAUUUAUAUGUACAUAUUUCCUAAAACUAUAUAUUUAUAUAUCUUCAACAAAAAAAAAAAUACUGUACAGUAUUUGAACUAUCAACUCUAGCUGUAUAUUUGUUUGGCUGUUGUGUUUAUAUGGAUACUUUUAUGACAUUUCCUUGUCAUGCUAUGUGUCAAUCAAGGGAUUUAUUUUUGUUGAGGGAAUUUGUCAAUACUGAACCUUUUUUUUUUU